AUGUGGGCUGUUUUUCUUGCCAGGAAGAAGGAUGAUUACCUGAAGUACUUUGGUGAUUUUCAGCUGGAUGAAACAGAUGCACAGCACAUCAGGAUCCUGCUGUAUGGGCCCAUUAAUGCUGGAAAAUCCAGUUUCAUCAACGCAGUGGAGACGAUUUUAAGAGGCAGGAUGACUGCACAGGCCUUGGUUGGCAAUGAUGAAUUCAGCUUCACCACAAAGUAUCGAACACACAAAAUACGUAAAGAAAAACCCAGGACCUUUUAUCCGUUUGUCUUCAAUGACAUCAUGGGCCUGGAGACGGGUCAGAGAAGAGGGAUUUGUGUGGAUGACAUCAAACUGGCCAUGACGGGACACCUGAAGGACGGCUUUGAGUUUAAUCCACAAUCCCCCUGUAAAAGUACAAACCCACAUUACAACAAGAGUCCUACUUUAAAUGACCGUACACAUGUGCUGGUGUGUGUGGUCCCGGCUGAUAAACUGAGCAUCAUAAGUGAUGAAUACCUGACGAAGAUGAAAGAAGUGCGACUCGCUGCUCGAGACUUGGAAAUUCCUCAGGUGGCCAUUCUGACAAAGAUUGAUGAAGCCUGCCCUUUGGUCAAGGCUGACAUAAACAAUGUCUACAAAAGCAAAUCUGUGAAAGAGCUGAUGGAGAAACUAAGUGUAUCUGUGGGAGUUCCUCUGAACUGCAUCUUCCCAGUGAAGAACUACCACAGUGAGGUCUGUACAGACGAGAAGAUAGAAAAGCUCAUUCUGACGGCCCUGAAGCAAAUGAUCGAUUUUGGGGAAGAUUUUGUGAACAGCUGCACAUCAGCUGGUGUUCAGUCAGUUCCACAGACUGUAUCUUAGUGGACAGAGUUCACCUGUUAGUUACAGUGAGCUGUUAUAGUGAGCAUGGACACUGUUCAGCUCUGGCUCCAAUUGACUUUAUAUUGAAAAAGUGCGGCCCCUCCCUCUGUAACUGCUGGGGUGAACUGCAUUAUCUUAAAC